AUGCGCUGGAUCAUAUUGUUAGCUCUCACUUGGUCCGCCAGUUCCCAGCCGGCCGAGUUAUACCCCAGCGUUGACCCAAACCAUUAUGGCGCCGGUAAGUUUUUUUAUCUCAUUUUCUCGGAAAAAAACACAAAUAAAUGUUCAGUGAUAAAUUUAUCGAAAAAUAUUCUAUUAUUUUUACAUAUAUUUUCCAUUGGUUAGACUACAAACACCAGUAAGCGAUUGUAUCGAAAAAAACGCUGCUGAAACUUCCAAUUGACUCAAAUUAGUCCAGGAGUCCUGGAAAAUAAUAGAAAUGUAAUAAACAACUAUAAAAAAAUGAUGAAUAUUUUUCCCAAAGAAUUUUUUUUUUUUUUUCACAUCAGACCAAAUUGUUGUUCAAUCAUAAUUGAACAUAAUCUUCAAGCCGUUUUUUUUUCCUGAAAAUUUGUGAAAAUUGAUUAUUCUCAGACGGAAAUCCUUGUUACGAUCGCCAGACAAGGCAACCGCAACGAUGUGUACCUGACUUCAUCAACGCCGCUUUCAACCUUCAGGUUGAGGUGACGAAUACCUGUGGUGAAAAGAACCCUACCAGGUAAUUUUUUGAAAAUUCAUGGAGGAAAGAAUAUUUAUGUUUCCAAUUGAAAGCAUCCAAAUAGGUCUGAAAACUGCUUUUAAAAAUGUUUAUGCUUCAGAUUUUGCGUUCAAUCCGGUCACACUGGCCAAAGAAGUGUCUGUGAGUACUGCGAUGCUCGCGAUGUUGUUAGUUACUUUCCGGCUUUUUUCGUUUCGUUUUUUUCCAAAAAUUUUUCCAAAGAAAUAAUCCUUUUUUCCAGAUCUUGUCCCACCCUUCCAAGUAUCUCACGGACUUUAACAACGCAAAUAAUGAAACUUGGUGGCAGUCGGACACAAUGAACGAAGGCAUGCAGUUUCCCAAAAGCGUCAAUUUGACUCUAACUCUGGGUUUGAAAAAAAUUGAUAAAAAUGCUCAAGAUAAGUUUUCCAGGAAAAAGUUUUGAUAUCACCUACGUGCGGCUGAAGUUCAUCUCUCCUCGACCGGAAUCGUUCGCGAUUUACAAAAAGACGACGCCUGAGGAUGAAUGGAAACCUUGGCAGUUCUAUUCGUGAGUCUGAUUCUUAUUAUCCCGUGAACUGCUUAGAAAUUAUGUAUGGGCGUUUGGAAGAAUAUAAAAGAAUUUUAAUGAAGACGAGGCGAUAAAUUUUCUUCAAGCGCUUUGACGUCAAGUCUAUCAAAAUUUUUGAUGACUUGUUUUUGGUGCUUAAAAGAGACAAACAAAACAUUUUAUGAUAAGUAUAACUGUUUCAAAUUGCAAAACUUUCUUUUUCCAGUGGCUCCUGCCGUGCUACCUACGGAGUUCCGGAGAAAGCUCCUAUCCUUCCCGGAAACGAGGCUUUUGCUCAGUGCACAAAAGUAUUUCUGUUUUUUUUCUGUCAAGUUCGUGAUUGUUUCCAGGAGUUUUCUGACAUCUCUCCAAUCACCGGAGGAAACAUCGCUUUCUCAACUUUGGAGGGCCGACCUUCUGCCCACGAUUUCGAGAAUUCCAAUGUUCUUCAGGUUUUGGAAGCAUUUCCAUGUGAAAUUCACUGUAUAUUUCUAGGAAUGGGUUACCGCUUCGGCCAUCAAAAUCGUCCUUAACCGGAUGAACACCUUCGGAGAUGAAGUGAGCGUUCUUAUAUUUGGCUCUAAAACCCAGUUUUUUUCUAGGUCUUCGGAGACCCGCAAGUACUUCGGAGUUACUACUACGCUAUUUCUGACUUUGCCGUCGGAGGAAGGUAUAGUUUUUCAUUGGAAAAUGGAGCUUACCAGAUAACUUUGUAGAUGUAAAUGCAACGGCCACGCUUCCGAAUGCGUUGCUUCAUCGAGUUUCGACGGAGAGAAGAGAAUGGUCUGCCGUUGUGAGCACAACACUCAAGGUGAAGAUCGCUUUUUCUUUCAUAGCAGAAAUAUUAAGUGGCGCGAAAUUAAACUACAAAAAGGUUUCCGCGAACACAUUCAGAUUAUUCAUAGAAGAAACAGCAACAAUCAUCUGUUGCCCAAUUCCAGAUAAAUUUAGAAAAUUUCUGGAAAUAGUCCAUUCUUAACAAUUUCAGUUUUGAGGAUGCAAAAAGAGAUGAGAAAAACACUAGACUUGAUUUAUAAAAAAUGUUUCUUGUUUGAAAACAAUUGAAUUCUUCAAGAUUUGAACGUAAUAUAUUUUUUGACGAUAUAUUCUAAUUUUCUUUCAGGAGCGGAUUGUAACGAGUGUCUGCCCUUCUAUCACGAUCGGCCGUGGAAAGCCGGUACCGCUAGUGAGGCGAACGAAUGUAUUGGUAUGGUGGUCUGGUGUGUUAGGGUACUGUAAAUUCCGUUUUACAGCCUGCAACUGCUCGGAACUGUCCAAUCGCUGCUUCUUCGACCAGCAGCUUUACGACCAGACUGGCCACGGAGGACAUUGCAUCGAUUGCCAGGGUAACACUCAAGUGAGUUUUAUGGCUAGUUUGGAUUUGAAUUAGGUUUUCGUGUCUAAACAAUGUUGAAAAGUUACUCAGCGAAAUAGCCAUUUUUGAUUACAAACAAAAAAAAAUUGAAGAGGGAUUUUCCAGGGAGUCCAUUGCGAAGAAUGCGUACCAAAUCAUUGGCGACGAGCUGGCGACAACUAUUGUAUCGACUGUGGCUGUAAUGAGGUGAGAUAUUGAUUCUAGUAAAAGUACUCUCAAAAAGUGUUAUAAGUGCCAAUGAAAAUAUCUAGCUUUUAAACUUAAAUAUCUAAAUCGUAGAACUGAAGCCUGAAGAAUGGACGGUUCUGAAAAACUAAGUGACGUUGAUUUUUGAAAUAGCUUCAGGGUUUAAAGCCAAUUAAAGUCUCGAACCUGCUCUUUUUAAACAUCUUCUCUUCAGGUCGGAUCCCUCUCAACUCAAUGCAACUCCGAGGGUCAAUGUGCCUGCAAACCGGGAGUCGGCGGAAAGUUUUGCGACCAAUGUCUUGAUGGCUUUUAUGACUUUGGACCCAACGGAUGCAAGUAAGACUACAAAACGUGAUUCAGUAUUCAACCAAAAAAUCAAGGAACUGCGGUUGCGAAGCCGACGGAUCUUUCAAUAACUCGCCGCGAUGUGAUCCAGUUUCUGGAACAUGUACCUGCAAGUCUAACGUUGAAGGCCGUCAAUGUGACAAGUGCAAGCCGGGAUAUUUCGAUUUGUCUAAGGACAAUCAGGUCUUAAAUUCUGAAAAAUAUGAAACCAUAAAUAAUAAUUUUAGUUCGGUUGUACGCCAUGCUUCUGCUAUGGUCACUCUUCGAUUUGUACUACCGCUGAUGGAUAUUUUGCUACGAAUAUUUCAAGCAACUUCAACACUGACAAAGAAAAGUGGAUGGCCGCCUCUCGGCUGGGACUUCAAGACUCUCAAUGGGCCGAACUGGAUCAAGCCAUUGCGGUAUGAAAUAAAAUAAAUGAUUGUACUCAUGUUAACAAAAUUAAGGUCUCCGACACUGAAAACCUGCCAGUUUACUUUGUGGCUCCUCAGCAGUACAUUGGCGACCAGAGAAGUAGCUACAACCAAGAUUUAGUGUUCACCUUGAAAGUCACCAAACACGCAGCUGGUCAAGAUGUCCGGUUAGUUUUUUUUCAGAAUUGAGUCUUAGAAUGAAAUGAAUAAAACUUGAAAAACGACCACGAAGGAAUCUAAGCAGUCCUUGAAGGCUCAAAAAAGUCGCACUUUUAUAAAAAAAAAUCAUAAUGUAGCGACACCGCAUACGUUUUAUUUCACCGUGAGCUGUACAAAGUACAUUAAGUAAUUCAAAAAAAUCCAAAAUUUGAUUGAAAAUCGACCUUUCCAAGACUUCAUAUACGCCUUUUCCAGCGACUUGAUCAUUGUUGGUGCUGAUCGUCAAGAACUUUCUACCUCUAUUACUUCUCAAGGCAACCCGAUGCCAUCUACUGAACUUCAAGUUUGUUAAUUAAAAUCUUCUAGGUUAAUUUUUUUUUUGUUCAGACGUACCGCUUCCGACUCCACGCCGACCCCUACUACAACUGGCAUCCAAGAAUCAAUGAGCUGGAUUUUAUUGGAAUUCUCUCCAACAUCACUGCCCUCAAGAUCCGCGGAACUUACUCCUACAGAGGUGAACUUCAAAAUAAAUUUUCGUUUGAAAAAGUAUUUUCAGAUAUUGGUUACCUCGGAGAUUUCCAUUUGGGUAGCGCUGGAGUUGUUGCUUCUGCUGCAGAUCCAAAGAAAGCAACCUGGAUUGAGCAUUGUGAAUGCUUGCCUGGGUAGAAAUCAAAAAGAAAUGCAGAAAUAAACGGGGAAUUUCAGCUUUGUCGGUCAGUUCUGCGAAUCUUGCCAGUCUGGUUACCGCAGAGAAACCCAGUACGGAGGACCUUUUAACCGUUGUAUCAAAUGCGAUUGUCACGGCCAUUCGGACAGUUGUGAGGCGGAAAGUGGUAAGAAUCAGUGAAAUUUUUCGACAAAAUUAUUGAAUUUCAAACCUUGAAAAAAUUGUUUAAAAUGACGUUACAUUUUUGAACCUCUGUGCAAAGAUGAAGUAAUUGUUUUGAUUUUGACAAAACAAAAUGAAUUGAAACUCAAGCUCCAAACGAAACAAAAGUUAGCUCACAAUUUUCAGGAGCCUGCAUCUGCGAGCACAACACGGCUGGAAAUACUUGUGAACGAUGCGCUCGUGGAUAUUAUGGUGAUGCCUUCAAGGGAACUGCCGAUGAUUGUCAGGUUUGUUUGAAAAAAAAAAUGAAUGGAUUUUUCAAAAAGUAAUUGCUUUCAGAAGUGUCCAUGCCCUGAAGAUGGACCUUGCAUUCUCCAUUCAGAUGGAGACGUUUUGUGUACGGAGUGCCCGAAUGGUUAUACUGGAAGAAGGUUAUCAUUAAAAAAAUUCACAAAAAAAGUUUCAACUUUGGAAACUUAAAAAUAUUAAAAAAAGUUUUCGACAAAUUUUGAGAAUGCUCCAAAAACUCAUGAAGUAUUUAUCCAGGUGCGACGAAUGCUCUGACGGCUACUUCGGCAAUCCAAAAGAUGGAAUCGAAUGCAAAGAAUGUGCUUGCUCCGGAAACACCGAUCCCAACUCGAUCGGAAACUGUGACAAGUUGGUUCACUUUCAACUAGAAUUCUUAAUAUUUUCAUUUUAGAGUCACUGGAGAAUGCAAGAAAUGUGUAUUCAACACUGACGGGUUCAAUUGCGAGAAGUGUAAGGCUGGAUAUUGGGGCGAUGCUCUUGCAGAACCAAAAGGAAACUGUCAAGCUUGCGGGUGAGAGUUGAGAUAAUUUUAACCUUAGCGGAAAAAGUGAAGGCAUAAUUUGCAAAUAUUUUCCGCUAUUUGAUAAAAUCAAUAGGCUUCAAAAUCAAAGUGAUCAAAAUUUUCAGUUGUUUCGUUCCUGGAACUGUCCGACCUAACAACGACUACACUCUUUUGGAAUGCCACCAAGAAGACGGACAGUGCGAAUGUCUUCCCAACGUCAUUGGAUUCAAAUGCGACCAGUGCGCGGUAAAUUAACAGUUUUUCAAACUCUUUAAAGAUUUUUUUAAUAUCUAAAGAAAAAUUCUUUAAUUUUUUUCAAAAUCAAUAGGCUUCAAAGUCAAAUUGAUCAAAAAUUUUUAAACAAAAACUUGAUCAUUGUGAAAAAAAUAACCAUCAAGCGGUAGAAAAAAAUGAAUUUUUCGCUCAAGCCUCGACAUAGUGAAAAAUUGCUUUUUAUAUCUGCUAAAUGUGUCAAUACUUUGAAAAUACCUCACUAAUUCGGUUCUGAUUUAUUUUUUAUGCUUUCCUUAACUCAUUUUAUUUCCUUUUUUAAAUCUCAGCAUCAAUCUUUUGAAUUUCAGCACGGCUUCUACAACAUCUCAUCUGGAGCUGGAUGCCAAGAAUGCAAAUGCGAUCCUCUCGGCUCGGAGACCGAUUCUUGUAACGCCUUCACUGGACAAUGCGUUUGCAAGCCUGGAGUCACUGGCCUGAGGUACAAUGAUGACUUUCUUUUUUUUCUCUAAAGGAUGUAAUCUUUUAGAUGCGACCAAUGCGAGCCGUAUCACUUCGGAUUCAGCGCCAACGGUUGCCAGCCAUGUGAUUGUGAACCAAUUGGUAGUGAAAGCCCUCAAUGUGAUGUGGCUACAGGUGAAAUAUUUUGUGCUUUAAAGAGAUUGACCCCUUGAAAAUUUUUUAAGAGAAAAAUCAGAUCGGGUUCAAACAGUUGUCAAAUAGUCUUUUUACUUUGAAUUGAUCGUGAAAAAAACUUUUUAACUAAAUAUUAAAAAAAUAAAAAUAACCCUUUUAGGCCAAUGUUUGUGCCGUGAAAGCGUCGAAGGACGUCGCUGUGACCAAUGCAUGGAGAAUCGCUACGGAAUCAACUCCGGAUGCCUUCCCUGCGACGACUGCUACACUCUUAUCCAGACCCGAGUCAACGGCUUCCGAGCCUCUCUCAAAAGCCUUGAUCAAACUCUCAAAGAAAUUAUUGAAAACCCAGCACCAGUGAGUGUUUAAACUUCAUUUCCUUCUAUUAGGAAACUUUUUUCAGGUCGAUGAUGACGAGUUUGAUAAGAAAAUCAAAGAAGUUGCCGAGGAAGUUGCCUUGCUUUCUGAAACGGUUACCAAGAAACUCGGUAAGAUUUUGGAACUCUGUAGGAGUAUACAAAGUUUUUGAAUUUUUUAGAGUACAGCGAAACGAGCAUGAUUUCUCAAGUUGCUCAACUUCGAAAGGAACUUUCUGAAGCUCUCAUUAGCGUGGAUGCUGUUGAUGGCUUUGUUAGUACUGCCGCUGAGGGGCUCCAAGGAGCCGCAACUGACCUCAAACGAUGGGAAGUUGUCAGAGGUAAAAAAUACUGAGCUAGGAAACUGAAAAUAAUAUAUUCGAAUUUCAGCCGAUGCUCGACGAGAGCUCCAAAGAGCUUUGGAGUAUUUGGAAGACGAAGGAGAGAAGGAAGUAGAGAAGGCGAUCGAGUUCCGUAAGAAGUACGGAGAGCAAAGCGAACAGGUAUAACAAUUCAACCAAAUCAACCUUAAUUAUUGAUUAAAGAUGUCCAAAACCGCUCAAAAGACUCGCGAAGAAGCGGAUAAGCACGUCAAAUACGCCGAAACUGUAGAGAAACUAGUCAAUGACACCAUCCAGAACGCCCAGAAAGCCAAUAAGGAAGCUAGUGAGGCUAUUUAUGGAGGUACGAAUCUUUGAAUCAAAAUCUCAAUAUCAAAAUAUCCAUUUAGGAGAAAGCCUUUCCCGACAAAUCGCCGAACUGAAAGAACGACAAUUUCAGCUAAAUGAAUCAUUGACGCGGUACACGAAAAGUUCUGAGUUUUUAAACUGAUUUCCGGUUUCAGUACUCUUUCUUUGGCUGAAGAACAGAAACAGACGGCUGAAGAAGCCAACAAACAAGCUGCCGUAUCUCUCACCAGCGUUGAAAGUGUAAAACUGCCUUCCGUUGAUCCGAAAGAGGUUUUUAUUCUUUUUCCGAGUAUUUCACUCUAUUUCAUAUUUUCAGCUCGAAGAUGAAGCUGCGUCUGUCUCUGAAGAGUCUCGUGCUACGGUUGCCAAUACUCAGAAGGAAAUCGAAACUGGGACGGGAGCUUUUCGACCAAGCGGAGAGAUUGAUGAUUGAAGCGAAGCUGGAGUUCCAGAAUACCAAGCAGCAUCAACAGGUUUGCGGAAGAAAUUGAAACCCAGAAAAAAAAAUUAUUCAGGACGUUGACAAAGAGAUGGCUAGCGUGGAUGAAGCUCGAGCUGAUGCUGAAAAGUCUCUGAAACUCGUCGAGGACACAUUAAGAGACGCUAAAGCAGAUUUGGAAGUCUUGAAUGGUGUGAAUAGCUUUCCGAGUCUUUACAUGGAGUUAUCUUAUAGAGUUUAACAAGAACAUUGACGAUUCUCGCACGGCGGCUGUUACCGAAAUGGAAAAGCACAGCGAUAUUGAGGAACUGCUGAAAAAGGCGGCUCAUAUCGCCGAAGAAGCGGAGGAGAAGAUUGGAGAUGCCGCUAAGAGGGCUGAAAAGGCGAAGAAUCUUGCCAAUGAAGCUGCUGACGACGUCAAGGCCGCUCAAGGAGUAAGAUUUCAGAAUCAAAUAAAUUUUAUUUUUGAAUUUUCCAGAAAGUCGACAGCGUCAAGGCCUUUGCCGGGGACAUCAAGAAGUCGGCCGAAGAUCUUCAAGGUAGCCUUUGCUUUCUUGAAAAAAUUCAUAGAAUUCUUUAGUCGAAGUCGAGCAACUUUUCGACGAGAUCAGUGACACGAAUAGCAGCUUGGUGUACUACAAGGAACAGGCCGAUGCGGACAAACAGGCCGCUGUUGAGGUCAGCCAGACUUCAUCUCUGAAAUGACGAGCUCGCUAGUUUUCAGGCUGUCAGAAAAGCCGCUCUUGCUGAGAAAACGGCCAAGGAGGCCAAUGAAACUGUGUCGAGCGAAGCUGGUCAGAUCAAGAAGAUCAUCGACACCCUUGGUAAAACUUUUUCAAUGCAUAAACCUAAUUCAAUUUAAUUUUAGAUGCUCUCGAUUACGUCAACCAAGGCGAUUUGGACGAAUUGGAAGCCGAAAUCGACGCUAUCGAUGAGAUUUUGUCCAAAGCGCAGUUGGAAAAAGACGUGAGUUUUGAGAAAGUUUUAAAAGUUUUUGAUUUGCAAUUUCAGGUGCCUGGCUUCAAAAGCUCUCAGGCCGAAGAAGAGAAGCGUAUCGAAUCGCUCAAGGCCGAAAUUGCGCAUUUGCAACGGGAAGUUGUGAAUCUGGAACAAAUUCGAGACGCCCUACCUACAAAGUGUUUCAACAUCAUCAGUCUGGAACAAGAAGGCCAGAAGUAA